UAAAGUAUGGAUGUAUAAAAAGAAAAUAUUUACAUUAUCAUUUUUAUUUAUAUUUUAAGUUAAAAAGAAAGCUAGAUUCUUAAAAUGUAUGAUUUAGUUGCAGCCACUGAAACAAUGAUGCCCUCCAUAGCAUGUCAAAUUUUGCCCUCCCACUGCCUAAAAAAGUGUUUUAAAUUAUUUGUUUAAAAACAGAAACGCUUUUUUUAAUAUCAAUAGUGUUUUUUUGGGUGUCUUUUGUGGUUUGUGUAUUUUAAAAUGAAUUUGAGUGAAUAUAAAUAGAUUGGCUUUAUAUCCAAUAUUGCAAGUUUAAAUGUUGUCAUGAACAUAUGUAGGCAUCCAAAAUGGCCAGCAAGACACACGUUCAGAGAUACAUAGAUUUUAUAAAUCAUCAAAUGGAUAUACUUAAGGGAGAGAGGAAAACUGUACUAGAGGCUGCAGACGAUGCUAUCCAUCAGGUAAUUAAUUAUGCUAUCCAUCAGGUAAUUAAUUAUGCUACCCAUCAGGUAAUUGAUUAUUUAAAUACGUUUCCUUUUUAAAUAUCUAAAGUAAGAUUAUUAAAGCACACAUUUGUCAUAACAAAUUACGGACUUAAGCAAAAAAAAAGGAAAAAAAAAAAGAUAUUUUGAUUAAAAAUUGUAUUCUCGAACUAGAAAAAUAAAUUAUAUUUCUUUAAUUAAUGACUUGAAAUGUAAAUAAUUUCAAAUAUACUGUUGUUUUGUUUUAUUUAAUUAAUGUAUGUUAAUUAAUUUUUAAUGUUUUUUAUUAUUUUAGUUAAAUUUUAUGUACAGCAUGGUGAGCCCAGCCCUAGGCUGGGGUAACAUGCUAUAUAAAAGGACGUAUAAAAAUAAUAACAAUAAUUAACAAGUUAUUAAAAACCAUUUAUAAAAUGUAAAUUCAAUGUCCUUGUAUAUCUUGAGUAGUUAGAAAGUGAAAUAGAUGCCUGGGUUGUUGGUGGACUUGUCAAUCAAACAACAUGUGCCCAGAUGAAUAACAGAAUUUCACAAGUUAUAACUUUGUUUAUGGCCAAGUCUGUUGAAAUCUCAGGUAUAUAAUUAAAAUAAUAAAAUAUCCAUAUAUCUUUAUUACAUAAUGUAAAAAUUAAUUUGAUAAUAAUACGAGCAUUAAUGUUUUUAUUUUUAAAUUCUAUAUUAAUUAGUUUUUUUUAAAUGUAACUUUUUCUUAGCAAAAAAAAAAAAGGGUGAAUGAUUUAAAGAACCGUAAUUUAAUAACAAUGUAAAACAAUGGUUUUAAAAAUCUAUUGAACUACUGAUAUUCCAAGGAUUUUAUUUCACAUAAAAUUUAUUUCUAAAAAAAAAUUGGAUUAAUAUAUAUGUUACUUUCUUAUCAUUUUUUGACAUAUUCAGAUCUUGAGAUUAAAGAAAAUGAAAGUGAUCUAAAUCAAACUUCUUCGGCAUCUAGCAAUGAUUCACUAAUUCCUAAAGCCAGUUACACAAACGAAGAAGUCCAAGAGAGAACGACGUUUAGUAGAGACGAAACACUAAAUAAAUCAGGUGAACAAUUUUUUAUUUGAAAUAUUUCUUUACUUAAUAACUUUGUUCAUUUAUUUGUAUAUUUAAAUGUAUUCAAUUGCUUGAAAAUAUUUGUUAAACUCUAAUUAUGCCAUUCACGCUUUUUUAAGGUUAGGGCCGCCUAAAGACAUUUUCCAUUCAUCUUGGUUAUGAGACUUCCUUUCCAAUUGCUUCCAGGUUUUAUCUCAUACUUUGUGCGUCUACCUGUAACUUCCGACUCCAUGUACUCUGUUCCUUUGUCUCUUCCUUUUACCCCGCGGUUUUAUGGUAGGAACAGUCUUAUGAUGUUUUAAAGGAGAUAACGGAUAGUGUGCCAUAUCCACCUUUAUAUUUUUCUUAUGAUAUGAAUUGACUCUCGGUCUGUCGCUUCCUGUAAGACUUUUUGGAAAUGUGGUUUGGCCAUUUGAUGUUCAGGAACAUUCUAAGGCAACUAUUUAUAAAGGUCUAUACUUUUUGCAUGAUGCUCGCUUUAUUUCUACAGGUUUUGCUUCCUUGGAUUAGGAAUGUAAUCAAAUAAUUUGUGUUGAAAUGUUUGAUUGUGUUUUGCAAGGUCAGCUGUCGGGAUUCAUAUAUUUUAUAUAAUAGCACAUAUGUUGGCCUAGCUUUUCCAAAUCUAUCCGUGACGUCAGCUUCGGUACUACAUUUUUUGUCAAUGGUUCUGACCAUUAUGUGAAGACCUCCACGUUUCCCACAGCAUAUCCAGCCAGAGAUAUACGCUCAUGGCUGGUUAAGCUUAAGUUCACGAUCUUUGUAAUGCUUUUAUUUAUAUUGAGUUAGAGCUGUGAUGAAAUCGUGGCUAUAUCUUUCGUAUUUCCACGCAAUUAUUGCUGUGUGUGAGACCGAAGUGCAAUGCAAUCUAUGAAGUCUAGGUUAUUUAGUUGUCCCAUAGUGUCCACUGCAUACGGUUGUUCUUUUGACUGGAUUUUUUUUUUUUUAAUAAAAAGGGUUUUCAAGAGAAAUCAUUGUCUGACAUCCAUUUCCACUUUAAAGCACAUAUGAGUCUACUUUCCCAGGCAUUCCGAAAAUCAAAGAUGUAGCCACAAUUUUUGUCGGUACAGGCUAUGAAAUGCACUUUCGUAGUCGAUAAAAUAUAGAUAUAAGGAGGAGUUGCAUUCGAUGGAUUGUGCAACAUUGAUUUUCAGUGUUGAAAUUUGAUCUUUUCUUGAACUGUUGCGGCAGAAGCCAGCUUUUUGGAACUCAUAGCUGCAUAUCGACCUAGUCCUUCAUUAUUUUUCGAAUAAUUAAGAUUUAAAAACUCACUGGCACUGACAGCAGUGUAAUUCCUCUAGUGUUCACAGUUGCCGAGAUUCCAAUUCAUUUGUAUCUUACAAGGUAUUUGUAUCUUACAAGGUAUUUGUAUCUUACAAGGUAUUUGUAUCUUACAAGGUAUUUGUAUCUUACAAGGUAUUUGUAUCUUACAAGGUAUUUGUAUCUUACAAGGUAUACAUCUUCCAAUCUUUAAGAACUCUCUCUGGUUCCUAUUUAUUUUCAAAUAAAUAUAGUGGCAUGUUGACUAUUGUACGUAGAUUUGCUCUCAUCUUCUCUGUUGUGAUGUUAUCCGGUCUGUGUGCUUUCCUAAAUUUAAGCUGAUUGAUUUCAGGGAAAUUUCAUUCCUAUUGUGGGCAGUGUCUUGACUUUUUAUAUCUUUAUGUGCAUAUUUUUAACUGGUGUGUCUUUGGGUUGAGUUCUGUUUUAUAAUUUCUUACAGUUUUUCACCCACAUUUUUUUCAUUUUCUCAUUGAUUUAUUGUCCUUGCCUUUAACCAGUCUUUCUUGCUUCUUUUAUCUUCAUUAGAGCUAACUUGGUAUAUCACAGAGCUCUUUUAUGAUCCGCUUUCUGGUUGCUUCUUAUGCUGUUGACGCUAGACCAUCUAUGUUGAAGAUCUGUCCGUUUACUGCAGAGUUUCUACAGCUCCUGGGCAUGUACACUUGCAACAACAACAACAACGUCAUCAUAAUCGGCGACACAAACUGCCAUUAUGAUUCCACCACCAACAGUUAUGUGAAGACCCUAAAAUCAGCUCUUGACACAAGCGGAAUGACUCAGCUUGUCAGUGUCCCGACACAGAAGCGAGGUCACAUCCCAGAUUGGCUAGUUGUCAGAGAGGACCGUGCAGCUAUGAACCGCAACCUCAUUAUUGAGGACAACGUGAUCUCUGAUCAUUUUUCAGGAACCUUUGACUUUGAUUUGAGGAAGCCAGAGUGCCUUCUGCGCACAGUUACAUCCCGUGACCUCUGUAAGAUAGAUCUGGUGGCCUUCAGGUGUGACGUCACUGCCGUGAGGUGCAGUGCAAAAGAACCUGCGACAGACUACAACAGUGGCCUCAGAGUCAUUUUAGACAAACAUGCAGCACUGACCACACGGUUCGUUAAGGACCACCCUUCCGCUCCAUGGCUCACGCCCGAAAUAAAGGAAACAGAAGCAGCGACGUGCAGAAAGCAAUGGCGGAAGUCUGGCUUGACCAUGCACCGACAAAUCUUUGUUGAUUGCAAGGAACGCACUGAGAAAAUGGUUCUUGCAGAUAGGGCUGAAUAUGUCAGUCACCAUAGUGUAGACUGUGGCUCAAGUAGGGACUUAUUUCGUAUUGUAGGUCAGCUGACCGGUAAACAGAGGCAUGCACAUUUGCAAAAUAACAUUGCCGUAGGCGAGCUGCCAGACGCUCUCAAUGAGUUCUUUAUUACAAAAUUUACGAAGAUCAGGAGGAGACUUGACAUUUGCACCGAUGCUCUCGAAUUCUUGCAGUUUAACGACACUCCUAUGAGCGAAUUUUUGGAGGUCAAAGAUUCUCAGGUGAAGAAAAGCCUGGUUGACUCCCCGAAAAAAUCAUGAUUGCUAGACCCUCUUUCGAAAGGGCUGUUUUACGAAUGUUUGGAUGAAAUAGUCCCUGUCACAACUAGUAUCAUAAAUCAGUCUUUGGAAACUGGUACUGUUCCAUCCUCUUUUAAAGAAGCGGUUGUAACGCCAUUGCUAAAGAAUGUCAACAUACAGGGCGCAUCACUCUACUGAGACAGCCCUGUUGCACGUCGUAAAUGACCAUCUGCAGUGCUGUGGAUUAGGGCAAGGUAUCCAUUGUGUCGUUACUUGGUCUAUCGGCAGCGUUCGGUGCGCUUGACUACGGCAUACUUCCCCAACGUCUGCAGAAAACUUCCGGUUUAACCGAUACCGUCCUGAGAUGGUUUCGCUCGUAUCUGACUAAUCGGGUCCAAUCGGUUAUCGGAAUCGGCUUGAGCUUAAAGUAAUCUAUGAUCGACUUCUGAGUACCCCAGGGCUCAGUACUAGGCCCGGUGCUUUUCACGUUCAGCCCAUGGGUUCAGUGAUCAAGCAGUUUGAUAGGCUAUAUCACAUGUUCGCGGAUGAUACCCAACUUCAGAAAUCCGUGAUUACCUCUUAGUUCCCUCAGUUUCUUAGUAUGACACAGAAGACAGUGGAGUCAGUUAAUCACUGGAUUAAACAAGCUCAAAUUAAACGAUGAAAAGACCGAGCUUCUUCUUCUUCUAUACAUUAAGUGACCACGAUCAAUUUAUUGAUCAUUUUGGCUCGUAUUGCUACUCCUAGAGCUGAUCCCCAUUGCUACCGCUCAAAAGUUAAAAUAUGUAAAUAAAACACAAUCCCUUACUCUCUCAGGUGUGCAGAUUGAGUUUGCUCAAACAGUGCGAAACCUGGGCGUCUAUUUAGACAGAACACUAACUAUUAAAAAUCACGUUAACAUACUUUGCAAGGCAAUUUUUCUAGCGCUGCACAGAAUAAUUCAUAUCAUACCUUACUUAACGUUUGAUGCAACAAAGAGAAUGAUGUCUGCAUUAGUGCCAUAACGCAUGUACUACUGCAAUGCUCUCAUGGUGGGUCUUCCAGCUAAGCUCCUGGAUAAAAUUUAAAAAGGACAGAAAAAUGUGGCUCGCAUUGUUCUUGGCAAACGCAAAUUUUACCAUGCUAAAACACUUCUGAGACAGUUGAAUUGGCUGCCGGUGCGCGCUCGCAUAGAGUAUAAAAUUACAACUCUGUGCUACCGCUGCUUGCAUGACCUGGCACUGUCCUAUCUCAAAGUGCUCAUGACGACUUAUGUACCAAAUAGACAACUCCGAUCAUCCGAUAGUGGCUAACUUUGAAUACCACGUGUUCACCUUGAGACGUACGGAAGGCGCACUUUCGCAUAUGCUGGCCCAACAAUUUGGAACACACUUCCUGUCACUGUCAGAAACAGCCAGACACUGGAGUCUUUCUAAACAGUUUUGAAAAAAAAAAUCUAUUUCAUAAACACCUGCUGGGGUGAAGUUGUCUACCAUCUUCUUCAGCUAGCUGUUAUCUCCUAGAUGUAUAUUGGCUUGUGUUGUUUAUGGUUGCAAGCGAUGAAAGACUUAGAAUGGGUAUUCUUGUAUUUGUAUUUCACUGUGGUAAAAUAUAGAUUUUUUCAUUUCUCUUUUAAUGUGGUUGACUUUGUACCACGCUUCGAGCCUUUGGGGAUGAAGCAUGAUUUUCAAAUAAAGUUUAAAUUUGUUAUUAUUAUGUAGGCUCAAUUAUCCUUAAAAAAAUUAUCUUUACCCUUCUUUUUGACUUUUUAAUUUUUUUUUAUGUGCUUUGGAUUUCUCUACUCGGUUGUAGUUGUUGUUUACUGUACACUUCAUUUCGUUCCUCUUAUUUAUUUGUUCAAAGUGUUUAGUGAGAGCAAAUCUUUGUGUUUAUGUUUCCCCGGUCCUAUUAUCUCGUUGCACGUAGUUGAUACUGUCAUCUUACGUUCAAGAAUCUGUUUGGUCAUGAAGCACCCGAAAAUUAUUUCUCAAAAUAACUCUGAAUUCCUGUCCUUUUUUACCAGAAGUGCUAUUUUGUAUUUUAGUCUUGUAGCAGCUGGUUCUUCCCAGUUUUACCUAAGUAUUAGCGCAAAUCUUGCCCAAACUUGAAUGUUGUCAGACAUAACAUCAGCGUCUCUUUUGUAGAAAUCUUCUGAUCUUUUUGCUUUGCCUAUUUGAUUAAUUUUUACUUCUGUUUUGUUAUCAGGGAAACACAAGUUACAUUGUUUUUUUUUUGUUGCUGUUUCUGGAAUUUGAACCCCAACUUAAAAUCUCAUUUGCCGCCUUGAAAUUGUCAGUAUUACACGUUUUCAAUUAACAUUUACAUAAUUUUGCACCCCAUUAUUUCUACGAACCCUAUAUUUUCUUUCCAAGUAUUUGCAUUUGGGCAACAUAUUAUGAUACUAAAAUUUCUACCUGAAAAUUGUUUCUGUAUGUCUUUUAGUCUAGUGUAGAGAGCUUUUUUUCAUAAUGAGUACUAUUGUUGGUGGAUGCAUAGCACUGUAUUACAUCAUAUUAAUUUUCUUUUUUGUUUUGUUUCGGAAAGCUGCUGUAUUUAUUUUAGAACAAGGGAUAAACUAUCAAUUAUCUUUAUGUCAGUCAAAAGACAACGAAAGUGUGUUAACAAAAGACGGAUAUCAGAGUUGUGGAAGAAAUAUUUCAAAACUAUAUUUUACUUAAUUUAAAUAAGAAAUUAUAAAUAUAAGGCAUUUAUGACACUGAUAUUAAAUUCCCCACCUUUGAAUACUAUGGUUGAAACUAAAUUUAAUACAUUAAAUUUUCUAUUUUAAAACAGGUGUAGAUAUUCCUUAUGUUACCACUACGAGAAUUGCUAUACUAGAGGAAGCUGUAUUCUCACUUAAAAAGACAACAGAGCAAGUUGAAGAGAAACAAGAAAAUUUCAACAAAAAACUCGAAAUAUUAGCAAAUACAUCUUUAAAAUCUACGAAAAAGAUUAAAGAAAGACUCGCAGUACUUGAGAAAACAAACCAACACAUUGCCUCAACUGUUGACGAUUUGUUUGAAACUGUAAAAAAUGUUGAUGUCAAGUUGAAUAUAUCAGAAGAAGAAAAUAAGUCUGUCAAUGUCUCAAUAAAUGAACUCAAUAAACAGAUCAGCUCUGUCAGAACUUGUAGCAAUGACGCCCUUAUCUUUAUGCAAGAUUUGGCAAAAAGCGUCGAUGGUACAUAUCUACGGUAUAAUGAAAUGUCUAACAAAAUGAAUCAACUGGAAAUCUCAAUUGAUCUCAUGUCAACUCAGUACAAGGGGUUUUUUGAAAAUAUGAUCCACAGUCUACGGGAUAAACGUGCCCAUGAUGAUUUGGUAAGAUACUUUUUUUUCCACCAGUGUCUUUAUAAGAAAGAUCCUGGCCAUCCAUAAAACUUUCGAAAUGAUUUCAAUUAGAGAAAUAUUUAAUUUCUUAAAAGUCCAGGAUACAGAAACAAACAAAAAAUCGUAGGCUAAAAAUGAAAGAGAGAAAUUAAUGUUUAAUAUACUACUAUAUUAUAAGAAUAUUAUAACGAUCAGAACAAUAAAAUAUAAAAAAAAUAUAUAUAAAAAAUUAAAGGGGAAAAAAAGACAGAAAUAAAAGAAAUGUUAGUUUUUGACCAUUUUCGUACGGUACAUGUAUAGUUAAUAACAUUUUUAAUUUCCAACGUCUGUAACUUGUAUUUUUCUAAAAGUUUUAGACACCAGAAAUUUCUUGAUCUCUGUACAUUUUUGAGAUUGAUUUAUGUGCGACCAAAUUUCGGAAAAUUAAAAUCUCCGACCUUUCCCGGAUAUGCGGUAAAGUUAUUUUAAAAAUUGCCCACUGUCAUCGUAGGUAAAAUUUAUUUACAUAAACUUUCUAAGAAAAUGUUCAGUGUAGCAAUGUUUUCUAUAUGUUCUUCAGUAUCUUAACAUCAUAAUGGGUUACAGUUUGUAAAAAAAAAAAAGAAAGUACAGUAGAUCUUUAAAUUUCAGAAUGGCGAGUUUCCCAACUUUUGGAUCUCCGAAUAAAAACGUUUAUUAUUUUUAUCAUUUGCAAAGCACUUGGUUGUGUAUUAAUUAAAGAAAAACAGAAGAAAUAACGCGAUACAGUGUUAAAAUAACAAACAAAAAAAAAACAGAAAUAAAUUGCUUGAUUAAAGUUAUGGCCGGUUUUGUUAGAUUUUUACAAUUAUGGCGUCAGUUUGAUUUGUAAAAUCAUGUCACCUCUUUAAUUUGUAAAAUUAUUUCGACUGUAAAAUGUGUACAAUUAUGUCGUCAGUUUGGUUAGUAAAAUUAUGCCGCCGGAAGUGUUAUGUUCAUUAUUUCCCAAUCUUUAAUAAAAUUCUAAAAAUAAAAUAUUUCAAAUAAAAUUCUUUCUUCAACAAUUAAAAAAAAAAAAAAAUUAUAAUAAUGUUCUAUUGUAAUUUUGUAAUUUUAGAUUAAUACUACAAUUAUUUUUAAAUUAAAUAAUAGUCAUUUAUCAUUCUUCGUUUAUUUAGCUUUGAUAAUAUGUGCCUUAUUCAUAGAUUGGUAUGGUUUGUCAACUGAUAUCUAAACGUCUGGCUCCAUUGGAAACAUUAAAUAAAACUCUACACAAGAAAUUAAUCUUGAGCAAAGAACAUAUUUCAAAGGUAAAUUUGUACUUGUAACUAUAACCCAUUUAUUACCCCGUGUAUCGUGUGUUGUUAUUUAAAUUGUAUGUCUUUCAUUAGAUUGUUUUUGUUUGACAAUGUCUCCUUUGUUAAAUUGUGAAGAUCAAAAUUGCACUCUAUUCAGUAAACAAUGUAAGUUUAAAAAAAAUGAAAUAAAAAUUAAUUGAUCAUGUGUGUGUUUGAAUCAUAUGCUAAGAGACACAUCAUUUGAAACAGUGAAUCAUAAGAAGAAUAAACCAUUACGCACCAUUUAAACAUGAUAUUAAACACUAAUAUAUUAAAUAAUAUAUUAAGUAUAAGCAAGAAAGACAUCAUAUAUUUUCAGAGUAUUCAGUAGGGUUUAUUUUGAAAUUCAUUACACAAUUAUCCUUUCAUUAAGUAAUAAAAUUUUGAGAGAAUUUUGAUUUUUGAUUAGCAUAAAUUUAAAUAUUCAAAUUAUGAAGAAUAAAUAAAAUUUCUUACGGUAAAUAAAAUUAUAGUGGUAUAUAACUAUAUUACAAUCGCAAUCAAAAUUUUGAGCACUCUCUAAUGGACCAAGGGUAAAUCAAUUUAAACAACAAUAAAUACAUUUGUUUCAAUCUAUUGGCUAAAAUAAAUUUAAAAUUGUGAGAACUGCAUAUUCUGAUUUGCAAUAAUUUGUAUCAAAUUGUGUGUUAUCAUAAUUAAUUCUUUUAUUACUGUAUCUCUAAUGUGAAAGAAAGACGAAUUCGGGGAUCAAUGGUUUAUUCCUUCCGAUAUGCCAAAGAAAAAGGUCUAAACAUGGAGUUAGAGAGCAAGUUACGACGCAGACAAAAAGACUUUAACCCUCGUUACUUCUCAAAUAAUAAGCUUUUCUUGUUUCGUUUUGUAUGCUGAAUAAGUGAAAUUUGUCCAAGACGUCCUUUUCACUGUCUUGUCUUUUUUUUCAAGCAUUGACAUAUCUUGUUUGACUAUUUGUCAAACAUUAUAAUAUAUAUAAGAUUAUCUCGUAUAAUAUCCUGCUGAUUCUCAUAUCAGUAAAUGUCGUAUUAAGAAGCUGUACGUUUGAUGUUGAUGAUCUUGUUUAACAGCGCUGUUAAUGCUGUUGUUCUAAAUCAGAAAAUAUUAGAUAGUGCGAAUGCCAAGGUUGAUACCAAUUCGGGGUCCAUUCUUAAGUGACGUCACGAUAUUUUGUUCGCUAUUACCACCCCCCCCCCUUUUUUUCCACAUCACACAAAAUUUAAGACACCUUGAAUAUACAUCCACCUAUAUGUAAUUAAAUCUUUUAAUUAGCAUUCCUUUUUAUUUAGAACCUCACCACUCAUUUUUUUAAAUUGUAGUUGCUUUAUUAAUAUUAAAAAUAUGUUUAAAUCUCUUCUAGAGUCAUUCAUUAACAGUGCUGGUUGGACAAUUAAAAGAACUUUGGGAUGGAAUCCAAAAAAUCAGUGGAAAUAAGCUGACAAUUGAGCUGAAAAGCUACGCAGUAACAUUUGAGGAACUCACUUCAUUGAUUAAGACCCGCCUUAGUGGAUUACAACAGGUGGACAUCGUGGUUGAUGGAACAAAGGAAGAGCCAUUAAAAGCUGAGGCUAACACUGAUGUAAAAAGAUCACAAAUGGAAGCCCUCAUUUUCAUCGCCCUGAUUCAAAUCGAAAACGAAAAGAUUUUGAACACUUUGGAGAAGAAACAAGUGGGAUAUAAUUUUAUUUUUUAAAUCUAUUAUCAUAAACAAAAUAUUUUUCUUCACUUUAAUGCAUUCGAACCCUUCUUCAAAACAAAUUAUUUUGUCUUAAAUUUUUUUUAUAUACAUUUUUUUUAAAAAAUGUAAUUUUUUUCCCUCCAUUUUCUCACUAUUUAAGUUAUUAAAUAUUUUACUAUUUUAAAAAAAUGACUUGUUUACACUGAACCCAUUUUAAAAAUUAUCAUGAUGAAAUUUCGAGAGUAAGGGAAAAGUCUGUGUAGACAAAUAAAUCAAGCAUCUGGUGGGUAAACUGUUGUUUUCUCAUAUUAGUAGGAAACUGUAAAUAUGUUACAUAUGAAAUGUUAAGAUUGUAAUAAUUAUUGCAAUUAGCGAAAAAAUACUUUAUUUUUUGUCAUUUUUAUCUAUUAAUGAAUUGAUUUAUUUUGUUGUUGUUUAGGAUGCAUGGAGGCACACAGAAGAUGUGAGCAGGAUCAUUUUAGCUUUGAAAACUGUCACCAGUGUUACAGCAGAAAUUACUGAGUGUCUGUUGAAAAGAACCAUUUUGGAAUUGAAUUCUGAGCCGACCCUGAGCAAAAUGGUGGAAUUAAAUCAAGACAUAAAAUCACAAGAGAACUUAACUUUAAAUGAAAGGCACACAAUAACAGAGGCUGACAUUUUUUGUAAACUCCUUGGUUUAAAUCAUGAAAUUGGAGAAAUGCUUUGGUCAUUGGAUGAAAGUCAAUGUCUUCAUCAAACUACAUUCUACUUUAUUGAGCGAUGGAUGGAGGAUGCUGAAAAGGAAAUUAACGAUGAAGAAGUUGAGUUUACAGGUGCUUUAAGUGGUAAUGAGGCAUCAACAGAAAAGAGAGAAAAAUUGAUUUCUGUUGUCCAACACCUUGGUUUAACAAAAGAAACAGCCGAACAGCUGUUUUCCACUAUUCCAAUUGAAUAUAUUGAUCUACAAACACCAUCCUACUGGAUAAUGAGAUACAUCACAAACAUCAUUGAAUGCCAUCCUGUCUUUACUAACGUUAAUAGAUACAUUUACUCUGAGGAUACAACAGGGGAAUGGUUUAAAGAAAUUAUUGAGCUUACCGACACAAAUGAAAUGAGAGACACGUCAACAUUUAAGAUUAAAAUGAUCAAUCACGAUGCAAGUGAAAAAAGCAAAACAGCCGUGAAGAGCUUUUUAGAGGAAAUUCAAACUGAAGAACAUUGUGAAGUUCUUUUCCAUGGAACUGAUCACACAAGUGCUAAAUCGAUUAUAGAGGAAGGAAUACUGAUCUCCAAAGGAAAACCAUGCCAAGACUUUUCCUCUAAUGAUGGAUUCUACUUGUCGGAUUCGUACGAAAAAGCACGUGAAUGGUCUUCUAUCGGUAGAAAACACCAUCAUGCAGUUUUGGUGUUAAAAGUCGAGACGUCUUUACUGGAGGCUGAUGGCGUCAAACGGUUAGAUCUUUCUGGUGAUAAAAAACAAUGGGAAGAACUUGUAACAUUCUGUCGCAAAGGUUGUAUAGGUGAAAAAACAAAGAAAAGGUUGCUCGGUGGAGUUGAGUUUAUUAAAGGGCCAAUGUGUCUGAAUGGAAGAGGUGUAGCCAAGGGAAAGCACGCAAUAGGUUUUGGACGCAAUGAUAACCUUCAAAUGUGUGUCAGAGAUGAUGAUUACGCAAAAUGGUUUGGAUUGAUUGAUAAUAUCACUGGCGUUAUUUUUCUAUAACAUUUCUUUUUCUGUUAAAAAACCCGUGUCCUUGCUGUCAUUAUCUAAUGAUGUAAUAUUACAACUAUUUUUUAAUACCAAUAUUAUGAUAAGCUAAUUUAAUUCUCAGGUUUAAGGAAUAGCAAAAACAUAAUUCUAAAGAUUUCCUAAGCCUUUUUUCUUGAUUUAGUUAAUGCCUCAUGCUAAAAUUUCAGCAGUCUUGUAUUCUCUAAGAAUAAUUGAUGUGACCCCACACCAACCUCCCCACCUCACCUAACCUGGGCAUGCUUGCGCUUGGUAUGGGGUGAUCCAUUAAUGAGACCCUAAAGAAAAAUUCAAUCUCCUUUUUAAUUAUUUCGUAAUUUCGUGAAAUAAAUACAGUUAGGUUUUUAUAAAUGCAUUGUUACGUUUGUAUAAAACAAAUGGCAUUUUAUAUUAGCAUGUAGUAAAUUACAGGGGUCGAGUCCUACAUGAACGCAUGAUAUCGGCGAUCCUGUGCUUUUAUUUAUAUUGUUUGCUAAUCAAUAAAUAGUUAUCUACACCAGUGUUGUAAAAUUUUGCAGCCUGACAAAAAUUUAAACGCUAUUUAACCAAAGUUUAUAAUUCUAGUAAAUAUUUUCGUUGGAUUAAGAUCAAUUUUUUAAAUUGAAUCUGUACAUUUAAAUAAGUAUUAUUCAAAGUUUAAUUCAGGGGAGGCCAAACCAAAAAAAAAAAAGAUUUGCUGGCUACUUUGACAGCGUGCGAACCGUUCACCAGCCGCAUGCCAGUUCAUCUUAAAUUAAGAUAUUGAAAUAGCCCCACAUAUAUUUGUAUCUGUUCUUAAUGGGCAUACAGAAAUGGUAAAUAUCAAAACAAAAUGAAACUGAAUUGUUAAGGACUUGAAUGUAUAUUGUGAUUGCGUGUUGUUCAGCGAGUAUUUGGGUAGAUGUUGUUAUUAAAUGUUUGAUAUUUUGUGACGCGUUGCGUGAUAGGGGAUAUGACGCAUUAUUAGUGUGGUCUUGUGAGUAAUGGCAGAUGAGAUCUAGUUAAUAAAGACACUGUAUUUUAAUUUAAUAAUCAAUGGUUCGUGAAGUGAAUAUAAUUAAACCCCUAGACCAGAGUUUCCCAAACUUUUAAGUUUCACGGAAUAUAUAAUACGCCAGAGCGUGCAAGGCGCAGUCUCGAGACGUGCGCACUGCGGUGGAGCUACCAACAAUUGUUGAGUUUAAUAAUUUCUGAAAGAAACAAAAAAAGGAAUAUAUUUUAUUUAUUACCCAUAAAAAUAUUUUUAAAAGCAUAUACAUUAUAAGGGUAAGAUCAAACAACCACUCAUUUUACAGUGCAUUCGUUUGUGUUUCCCAGUUAACAUACAUCACAUAUAUUUUGCUUGAUCAAUAACGCAUACAAUAAAGUAAUUGAAAUCUGGAAUUUUCUAAUUUAUUCAAGCUUUUGGUGGAAAGAGUAUGACUAAUCAAAAGCAUCCCAGAUUUGUCUCGUAGGUUUUCAAUUAUUAUUUAUAAUAAUUAUAAUUGAAUAUGUUAAAUUGAUGCUGUUGUUACCUUUUUUGAGUGUAAAUUUGGAAUGGACAAUUGCUCGAUGGAUUAGUUUGAUAGAAGGUUGGUGGCAAAGUGCCAUGACAGGCAAUUCAGGCUCAUACCAGCAAGAAGCCAGUAUAGGAGCUGCUCAUUCCUGCCCAAGACAAUCAGGAACUGGAACAAUCUUUCAAAAGG